AUGAAAGCCUGGCUCUACACCACCACCACCAACGGCCUCGAGAAAAACCUCACCCUCCACCCCUCCGCCCGCACCCCAGCAACCCCCGGACCCUCACAACUCCUCAUCCGCGUCCUCUCCGCCUCCAUCAACCCAGCGGACUACAAAGUUCCGGAGAUGCCAAUAGUCUCUCGCGUUUUAGUCUCCAAACCUGCAUCGCCGGGGAUGGAUUUCGCAGGACGGGUUGUUUCUACCGGGCCGGAGGUUAGUGGGUUCGAGAGCGGACAGUUGGUGUAUGGGACGACUAUACCCACGCAAUUCGGGUCGUUGGGGGAGUAUAUGGUUGUCGGGAAGGAUAAUAUUGCUGUGUUACCGGAAGGAGUUGAGCCUGAUCAAGCGUCUACGGUGGGGGUUGCGGCGCAGACGGCGUAUCAGUCUCUCGUGCCGUAUGUUUCGAAGGGGCAUAGGGUGUUUGUCAACGGUGGUUCUGGGGGAUGUGGGAUUUUUGCGAUUCAGUUUGCCAAGGUUGUUGGAUGCCAUGUUACCACUACGUGCUCGUCGCGGAAUGUGCAGUUUUGUAAGGAUUUGGGCGCGGAUGAGGUUAUUGACUACACAACGGAAGAUGUCGUGGGAGUCUUGAAAGGACAAGGCCAAGUAUACGACCAUGUCAUCGACCACAUUGGUCUCCCUGAGAAUCUCUACAAUGAGAGUGACUCGUUUCUACGUCCUGGAAAGGCGUUUGUGCAGGUUGGUGCGGCGUCGAUGUCCGUUUUUGCCAACAGACUUGUCUGGCCUGGUUUCUUGGGCGGAGGGAAGCGGAAGUAUGUCAUUUUCAUGAUGAAGCAUAAGAAGGAGGAUAUCGCGCAGAUUGGAGAAUGGAUGGGCCAGGGGAAGGUCAGGGCUGUGAUUGACAGCACCUACGAGUUUGAGGACGCUGUCAAGGCGUUUGAGAAGCUUCGUACCCAACGGUCUAAGGGGAAGAUCGUUAUUCAUGUUUCUGAGUAA